UUCUGACGUCAUAUCCUAGUUUACUCAUUAAAAUCAAGUUAUUUAAAAUAUUAUACCGUUAGCCCGUCUAUGUUAUAUUUAGUAAGCCUUAUUAAUUUGACUAGUUGAAGUUCCGGUUAAGUUAAGUGAGUGUGCUUUUUUCAAACAUGGGGAGGUUAUUAUUUUGAAAUAAUAUGUUGGAACUUGAAAGCCGGGUUGUCGUAGUGUUGUUAAGUUUGUUGAGUGGGUGUAUAUUAUUAUACAACACCUGGGGACCAGUCCUCGCAGUAGUCAUAUCCUUAAUUCUAGUGAUCUAUGUUUGCUAUUCUUUGAUCACCAACGAUAGCUUGCUAUCGCCGCAUGCAUUUUAUUUUUUUUAUUAUUUCAAAGAAACCGCUCUAGAAUUGAAGAUAGUUAUAGAGAAAUUGAUAGUUUAUCUAUUAAGAUACUUUCAUUUUAUCUGCAAUCAAAUAAAAUACGUUUUUGAAGUUAUUUCAUCGACAGUUAAUAAAAUGACGAGCCGAAGAUCAAGUGGAUAUCAAUUAAGCAGUGAUACUACUUUUAAUAGUAGAAACACAUCAAGAUUUGAUAUCAUUCCACAAUUAAGUCCAAUCCCACGAACUGCUCAUAAAAUAAAUAUUUCUGAUAUAUCCAAUGUAUCUGAGAACAAAUUCAAUCAGAAUAACAAAUAUCAAUCUCCUGGUACAAGAAAUAGAUACAGCAAAUAUAUGUCUACGCCAUUAAGUGUAUUAAAAAAGGAUGAUUUACGUGAAUUAGAAUCGGAUACGUUAGAGACUACUAAUUUAUCAUCACCGAAGAAAAAUUCUCCAAUGUUUAAUCAGAAUCAUACUUUAACACGCGGUGAAAAUAAUACAACGUUCACACCUGAGGGAUCACCAUGGGGUACUAGCAUCAGUCCCAAAAUGAGAUCUAAAGCUGCUGGAAUUAAAACUGUGCAGACAGUUGCUGGACCAUUAUUGGCUUCUACAAGAUAUAACAUUGAUCCUAAGACAUAUACUGAUAUAACAUCACCAGGAUUAACAUUGAGGUUAACUAAAUACGCCGCCGAAGCUAAUAAUAAAUUGACACAUCAGUCGCAGUACAGCACCGGCCAAUUUCCAAAAGUUAAUCUCCAUGCCAGUCCUAUUCCUCUUAUCAAUACAAAAUUUGCUAAGAUAAGAGGACCUGUUACAGUUAGAAUCGCACCGCCAGAAACUACCAAGUUUUCACCUCAAGAAAGGCAAAAAAUGUUGUCUGAUGUAUGCCAAUCAGAAAAUAAAUCUCCAUCGUCUAAUGUUGUACAAGUUUUAAAAGAGAUAUCAUUGAAAAGACACGCGUCCAGGGAAGAUGUUACAACUGAAAUUGUGAAAAAACAAAGAACUGAUAAUAUGUUAAUAAACGAUGCUGCUACUGACAAUUUUGAAGAAACCAAACAAAAAAGAGGUAGAGAUGAAUCACCUAAAUCCGACGAUGAGAAUUCAUCGAAAAAUCUUAGACCUACCAAACGUAGUAAAACACCAUCAUGUUAUGAUAUUCUACGUUCGUUAAGCUCAAGUGUUCAUGUUGCUACUGGUAUAAAAAGAAAAGCUGUUGACUGUUCUCGCUGUGGAACUCCUGAAUUUGAAAAACAUUUUAAGUCUUUGAAAGAUUCGCAACAUGAAGAUUUACAGUCUCCUAUUGAACUACAAAUUAUAAAUAAAGAAGAUACAGAUGCUGAGAUGAAUGAGAACAAAAAGCGAGUUGCAAGUUCACCUUCACAUAAAUCUCCAGAUAACAAUCAAAAACAACCUUGUGUUAAAGGAAUACUUAAACCUCAUAAUAAUGCAAAGAACGAUAGUGAAUCCAAUGUACCUCCUCUUCCUGUUAAUGAACAAGAUGUAAAACCUCAUGAGGAUAAGGAAGAAGGUAAUAAUAGUUCUUUAAAUACAACCACAUACACAGAUAAAUUGUUUAUGAAAGAAGAACCAAAAAGAAAUGACAAAUUAAAGUCAUUCGAAGAAGAACAAAAGCAUUUUAUAGAGGCUGGCUUUACCACAAACGAUGUAGAAGAAAUUAAAAAGACAGAUAUAGUCAAAAUGAAACAAACCAGUAUGCGAGCUAGAUUACAAAGUAUGUUUGAUGCUAUAUCUGGCAAAGCAGCUAGUGGAAUUAAUCCUGAUGUUGUCAUUCAGGCGGAAGAAAUUAGUGAAGUAGCACCUACAAUUUCUUCUUCUACAGAUUGUGCUACUCUCAAUUCUAUAACAACGACAACUAACGUUAAUACAACACCUAUUACUACGUCUGCUUUAGCACCACCACUUUCUCCUUUAUCUAAUACUAAACCAGUCAAACAUAUAACAUUUAACUUACCAAAUACAGAAAAUGUAUCUGGUAUUAAAGAACAGAGUGCAAGUAAUUUAGUAUCAGAUGACAAGAAUAAAUCAAUGAUUAAUUCUGAAACAUCAACUUCUAAGACUGAUGCAACACCAACAUCACAGGAAUUACCUAAUGUGACGAUAAUUACAACGACAGUUUCAUUCACAAUACCUAACAAAACGGUAACAGAAACGUUACCAAUUACAACAUCAGCUAAUUCAGUAAUUGUAUCACCAAAAAUCUCAAGUGGAAUAUUGAAAUCAAGUACUCCCAUUAUAAAUCUUUCUACAAGUUCUACAAAUGUACCAACAACAACUGUUAUACUGUCAAUACCAUCUUCUUCAACUAGUCUCUUUGCAAAUAAGAGUACUAUCGCUAAUACUGCAACAACAUCAUCAUUUUCUGAUACAACCAAUAACAAAACUAGCAUUGGCAAAUCCUUCUUACCUAAUUCAACUAAUACAGGAUUUACAACGAGUACCAAUUUUCCUAAAUUUACUUUUGGCAAUAUUGCUAACACUACUACUACUGAGUCAUCACAAAUAAAUACUGCAUCUGUUCAAAAUACAACCAGUGGUUUAAGUUUUACCACUGACAUGAAAAAUAUGUUUACUGCUCCAGCUAAUGUUACUUCGAUAACUGUUGGUAGUAGCGCUGGUGCUGGUGCUGGUGCUGGUUCUGCUGUUUCUGUUUUUCAAAAUAUUGGAGAUAAUACUACAAGUAACACCUUUAAAAAUUUCUCAACAACUACAACAAGUUCAGUACCAUUCAUAUUUGGAAGUAAUACUACAACGACGUCUAAAUCUGAAGUUUCUUUAUUUAAUACAACAACAAGUAAUGUUGUUACUAAUCCAAUGUCUAGUAAUACAACUAUAAUUUCAAUUAAUCAACCUACAACAAGCAAUACGAUGUUAAAUUUGGCAAAUAGUACAUUUAAUGCAAAUGCAUCUAGUGGAUCUACGACGUUUACGUUUAGUACCACAAAACCUAUAUUUUCAUUUGGAACAUCAAAUGCAUCAACAACGGAUAAUAAAUCAACAUUUUCUUAUAAUGCAAAUGCAUUAGGAAACUCUACUGGAUUGUUAACAUCAACUAAUACACCAGUUACAUCUACUACAAGUAAUAAUACAACUUCUGGAUUUAACAUACCAGUUGUAACUUCAUCUACGCAAUUUUCUACAAAUGCAUCUAUAUUUAAUACACCAUCAACUACAACAACGACAACUGCAUCUAUGUUUAAUACACCAGCAACGACAACUGCAUCGAUGUUUAAUACACCAGCAACAACUACAGCGUCAAUGUUUAAUACACCAUCAACUACAACUGCAUCUAUAUUUAAUGCACCAUCAACUACAACUGUAUCUAUGUUUAGUACACCAUCAACUACAGCUACAUCUAUGUUUAAUUCACCAGCAACGACAACUGUAUCAAUGUUUAAUACACCAGCAACAACAAGUGGAUCGAUGUUCAAUACACCAGCAACAACAACAAGUGGAUCGAUGUUCAAUACACCAGCAACAACAACGAUGUUUAGAACAACAACCAGCGAGCCAGUAUUUGGUCAAUCAAUCGCUGCUCCUAUUUUUGGCAACAAUAACUUCAAAGAAGAAAAUAAACCUCCUGCUUUUGGAUCUACUACAACAGUCUUUGGAAGUACCAGUACACCAUUGUUUGGAUCACAGACUACAGCACCACCAACGUUUGGUUCUCCUAGCGUUUCAACCAGUACUCUCAAUUUUGGUAAUACAAAUACAACUACUCCUGUAUUUGGUGCACCAAACUUAAGUGCACCAGGGAGUACGCAAACAUCAACAACUAAUAGUUUUGCUUGUCUUACUACACCAAAUCCAAUAUUUGGAAAUCAAAAUAAUCCAGCAGCUCCCUUUGGAUCUACUACUACUACUCCAGUUGGAACCUUCAACACUCCGAUGCAAAGUACCUUUGAAACUCAACAAUCAACUCCUCUGCAGUUUGGUGCUGCCAGUAAUUCUAAUGCCUUUGGUGACAAUAAACCAUCGCCAUUUGGUAUUCAAACAACAGUGACACCCGCUUUUCCAACAAAUGAAAACAAUACAAGUAAUAUCUUUACAUUUGGUGGAAAUCAGGCAGGACAACAACAACAACAACAGCAACAACAACAACCAACUAAUACCUUUACAUUUGGUAAUAAUAACGCAUCUAAUAACAAUACAUCAACAACUGGAGCUGUACCAUUCCAAUUUGGUGCGAGCACUUCUAAACCAGUUACAGGAUUUAAUUUUACUGCACCAUCAACUACGCCAUCGCUUAACUUUGGAACUUCUGGUACACCCACAUUUAAUGCUCCAACUCCUGGAAUGUUUAGCAUUGGUAGUGGUUCAACUGCACCCCGAUCAAGACCUGCCAGAGGCAGAAAACCAAGAUGAUGCAGAAUGUAAAAAUCAUAUAUUUAACAUCUUUAAGUAAAUUUUUUUUAUCAAGAUACAUCGACGACAUUUAAUUCAUUUCAACAUUAAAAUGACUGUUUGAGUUGGACGCAUAUACAUAUACAUAUACAUAUUAUUAUUAUUAUUAUUAUUAUUAUUAUUAUUAUUAUUUUAUUAUUAUUAUUAUUCAUUAUUUUUUUUCAAAUAAAAAAAAAAAACAGAAAAAAGGACAGAGUCCAAUGCUUAUGUGGAAAUAAUAAGUAUAUUAUAUAAUAAGUAAUAUUGUGAUUAUCAUUUCUAAAUGUUUAUUAACCAUUUUCAAUUGUAUUUUGUCAUUUGUACAUAUACGGAGUAUAUAUAGAAAUAUAUUAAUAAUAAUAUGAUGAAAUAUUGUUAGAAAUUAAGAGAAGAACAAAAUACAGAAGGGAAAGAUAUUUAGGAUAGAAUAUUCAAGAGAACAAAAGAAACAUCAUUUGCAUGAAUUAUCAAGAUAAAUCAUCUUUCUCUUUUUUUGUUUUUUACGUAUAAGACCAUUAGUGUGUGCUGAAUUUAUUUAUAUAUAAUAUA